AUGGUCAUCUACCCUGGCCACACACCGGGUCAUCUACCCUGGCCGCCCACCACCGGGUCAUCUACCGUGGCCGCCCACCACCGAGUCAUCUACCCUGGCCGCCCACCACCGGGUCAUCUACCCUGGCCGCCCACCACCGGGUCAUCUACCGUGGCCGCCCACCACCGGGUCAUCUACCCUGGCCGCCCACCACCGGGUCAUCUACCGUGGCCGCCCACCACCGGGUCAUCUACCCUGGCCGCCCACCACAGGGUCAUCUACCGUGGCCGCCCAACCACCGGGUCAUCUACCCUGGCCGCCCCCCACCGGGUCAUCUACCCUGGCCGCCCACCACCGGGUCAUCUACCCUGGCCGCCCACCACCGAGUCAUCUACCCUGGCCGCCCACCACCGGGUCAUCUACCCUGGCCGCCCACCACCGGGUCAUCUACCGUGGCCGCCCACCACCGGGUCAUCUACCCUGGCCGCCCACCACCGGGUCAUCUACCCUGGCCGCCCACCACCGGGUCAUCUACCCUGGCCGCCCACCACCGGGUCAUCUACCGUGGCCGCCCACCACCGGGUCAUCUACCCUGGCCGCCCACCACCGGGUCAUCUACCGUGGCCGCCCACCACCGGGUCAUCUACCCUGGCCGCCCCACCACCGGGUCAUCUACCCUGGCCGCCCACCACCGGGUCAUCUACCCUGGCCGCCCACCACCGGGUCAUCUACCUGGCCGCCCACCACCGGGUCAUCUACCGUGGCCGCCCACCUCCGGGUUAG